CGUGCUAAAUCAAAUCCACACGCGAUCAAACCGCGCGUACCGAAACCUACUCCUCCUCCUCCUCCUCAAAAAUAAAACUAAUGGCAGAUAGAAGAGAGAAUUUUACACAAGGAUUUCGCUAUGCAUUGCUUCCUACGGCAGCACCAGCAGUUGCUGCCAUAAUUAUAUGAAUCUGCAUACCCAAAAUUCAAAAACCCUUUCACGCACCAGUAAAUCCCUGUUGAUUGUUUCAGUUUGAUUAGGUUUUUGACUCUUCCGAAGUUGUACAACCGUCUCUUUCGAUUCCCUUUCUAAUUCUUCGAUUUUUCGAAGCGAAUCAGUUCUCUGUGCCCAUUAUUGUUGUUCAAGAAAGUCCGUCUUUCCCAUCACAAUCGUACCGGAAAUGCUAGGUUUCCGGUUCGGCGCUGCCGUCUUGUUUGUCUUUGUUUCGCUUCUGUUUCCCCCUUUCUGCCUAGGGAUUCGGUCCUUGCCGACAAAGGAAAUCGGCGAUUCGGUGUCAUUAUGGUCCGGAAAACGAUUUCGAUUCGCUGAAGCGCCGGGCUACCAGAACGGGAUUGGUUGCCCUCUUUCGGCCGGUUAUCGAUCUUCUUCAUCCGGUGAUCCCUCUCUGGUACACAUAGCAAUGACUCUUGACUACGAGUAUCUACGUGGAUCUAUUGCGGCUGUUCAUUCCAUUUUGAAACGCGCUUCCUGCCCGGAAAAUGUGUUCUUCCACUUCAUCACGGCGGAGUCCGACCGCAAUCGUGGACCUCUGCGUCUACUCGUGGAAUCCACCUUUCCUUCAUUGAAUUUAAAGGUCUACAAAUUCAAAGAAGACAAGGUAAUCAAUCUAAUCUCUGCUUCGGUUCGUCAAGCACUAGAGAAUCCGUUGAAUUAUGCAAGAAACUAUCUAGGUGACAUUCUUGAUUCCCAAAUCGAGCGAGUCAUAUACCUCGACUCGGACCUGGUGGUUUUGGAUGACAUACGAAAUCUCUGGAACAUAAAUCUAACUGGGAAAAGUGUCAUUGGUGCACCCGAAUACUGCCACGCCAAUUUCACCAAGUACUUCACUGAGAGCUUCUGGACUGACCCGAGUCUGUCACAGGUCUUCAACUCAAGGAAGACUUGUUACUUCAACACUGGGGUUAUGGUUAUGGAUUUGGUGAAAUGGAGAAAGGGCAAUUACGUGAAGAGAAUAGAGCACUGGAUGGAGAUACAGAAGCAGAAGAGAAUUUACGAAUUAGGGUCUUUGCCACCAUUUUUGCUUGUGUUUGCUGGUACUGUGGAGGCUAUUGAUCACCGUUGGAACCAGCAUGGACUUGGUGGGGAUAAUGUGAGGGGAAGUUGUCGGUCACUGCAUCCGGGUCCAGCUAGCUUGUUGCAUUGGAGUGGAAAAGGGAAGCCAUGGGUCAGGCUUGAUUCAGAUAAUCCAUGUUCCCUUGAUAAACAUUGGAAGCCAUAUGAUCUUUACAAGCCUUAUGAGGACGGACUGAAAGGUACAGACUGAAAAGGUUUGCCAAUCACUGGGAUUUUCUGCUGCUGCUACAAUAAUUGGGAGUUCUGAGUUAUUUGUGAUGGUGAUGAUUCUGUUCAUUUCUUCUUUAGACAUUUUUCUGACAGAUUCUUUGAUAUAGCUGUGUACAUACAGUAUGGUAUUUGAUGGGAUUGGGCUGACAUUGGGCGAUUACUGGGCAAGGGUACUUACUUUCAUUUCAUUAUGCAAUUCCCUCUUAUCAUUCUUUAUGGUUUUCAUGUGCUCUCUCUUUUUUACGUACGAGGCUUCAAUUCCUCUAAACAUCAGGGGGUGUGUUCCAGUUCUUGGAACAAUUUUGGUGGGUUGAUUUCUUUGUAUGUAAAACUGGAUUUAUGGAGGAAGGGUAAGAAUAACAUC